ACGGAGAUAAAUAGAUGAGUUUUUAUAUAUCGUUUUUUCAAGCUGGUGACCCUUGAUUCUAGACUGCUUGUUCGAAGAGUACGUUUCCAGUUGCCUCAGAUUUUUAAAAUCUGUCAAGCAAUUAAAGUUCCUGCUUACUACACGUAAGAUGUCCACUUUUAAUUCCUUAGCAAUGUCUGGAAAUGGCAGUGCUGAAGUCAAUGCUACUCCUGAAGCUACCAUAGCAAUACUGAAGACAGACGAAAUUGACAGUGAAUAUGUCCAGAUUACAGAAUCAGUACACCAAGAGUCCCUCAGCACUUCAGCUUUAUUGUACUACUGCCAGUGCAAGAUCUUGCGUCCAUACUCAAGACUUCUGUGUAUCAUGGGUCUCCGGCCAUCAGCUGUAGAAAAUGCAGAGCGUUGUUGUAUCCUGUCUUGCUGUGGCUACAAGCAUUUGGUUCUUGUGUUGGCAUUGAUGUGUGUGGGUUAUAUCCUACAGUACAUGACAUGUUUCAGGAGAGAUCGAGGUUUUGACUACAAAAAUGAGUCAACUGUUGAAGUUAAAGAUCAUGAAUUCAUUUGCUAUGGUAACAUAACCUUCAGCUACAUUGUGCCAAGUUUUCUUCAUUUUUCAGCAUAUUUGUAUGCUUUAUACUUAUUUAGGAUCAAUGAAAAUGAACAACUUCAAAGUUUGAUGGAAAGGGCUUUUCUGGUUUCUGGUGGAUCAUUGGCCCAGCAAAGGGUAGUCUAUACGCUGUGGAUAUCUAUUGGAUUAAGUAUUCUAUGGGUAACAGCUUCAGCAGUAACAGUUAGUGUCAUGGUGGCAGAUGGAACCAUUGUUUUCCACUGGCUACAGCAUGGUUCAGCUGGAGUGACUACACUUCUGAAGGGUCUGUUAGUACUAUCAACACUGUGGCAUGACAUGGUGCAAGCCACACUCAUCACAAGUUAUUGUCUCCAGAGUCAGCUGUUGUCACUGCAUGUCCAGUUGCUGAGAGAAAAACUUUUGCAAUAUGUCAUAUCUCAUGGGGACUGGAUGCGUGAAAUCCGUGAAUUUCGAAAGCUUCUGAAGUAUUUUAAUGAAGACCUUGCACCGAUAAUCUGCAUCUUGUCAAUUGUGAACAUUUCAUUUGCAGCCUCAGGAAUCAUAUGGCUGCUGAAGUUUGACUUAGUUGAUACAGAAACAGAACCCAUUAAUGGAGUCAGCAUUCUGAACACAGUUCUCUGGGUGCUGAUAGCUGUCGCCCCAUUCAUUCAGGCAGCCCGCUUGACAGCUGCAUGUGUUGCCUUGCGGGAUAUAGGUCAUGAGGUACGUACACGACCAUUUGUUUAUGAGACAACGCCAGAACAGGAUUUGGAUAGUAUUUUACUAUAUACAUCAUCUCUCCGUAUGACUUCAGAAUUGUUUAAGGUCCCAGUAACUGGAAGGUACCUAUGCAUGGCUGCCACAAUAGGAACCAUUUUGGUAAUCACACUUGGACAAUGUCAUGUUCUGUAGAUGUUAUGUUUGUAAUGUUUUUGAUAGAUUUUUGGUGAUUUAAUGACAUCACUGCUGUUAUUCUUAAUUUAUGAAGUACAUACUAUUCAUAAUAAAAUUUCAGAUGACAAACCCCCUAUAUUAGGGUGGU